AUGACUCUUCGAAAACUGAAACCAUUACAAUGUAUCUUCUAUGUUAUUGGUCAAAUAUUGGGUGCAUUUUUAGGCGGCGCCCUAGUCUAUCUUGUCUAUUUGAAGCAAUUCGAUGAAUUCGAUGGUGGUAUACGACAAAUGCUAGGUCCCAAUGGUACAGCUGAUAUUUUCUUUACAAUGCCCGCCGAAGGUACACCGCAGUGGAAUGCAUUGAUCGAUCAGAUUGUCGGUACCGCUAUUCUGAUGGUGUUUAUCAUGGCAGUUACGCAUGCUCGUGAUCUGGGUCCACGUCUUUUUGGGGCAUUUGUCUAUGGUUGGAAUGAGGUAUUUCGUAUACAUGACUAUUUCUUUUGGGUACCGAUCGUCGGUCCAAUUGUCGGAGCCAUUGUUGGUGUGUGGCUCCACCUAGGUUUUAUUUGGAUGGUGAAGCACUAUGGCCAUCUUCGCAAUAUUGAAAAUACUGAUUCCGAUAAAAAGAUCGAUUCCAAAGGCAUACGAAUCAAAGAGAAUGAUUCAUUAGAGUUUGAACAAAAAUUCACAACCGUGAACGAAUAA